CUGUUGAGUCACAGUUAAUGCAUAAGGAAACUGAGCGUUAAUUAUUUGUAAUUAGCGGUUAUGUUGGGAUGAAGUUGUCGUUACCUAAAUUGGCAAUCAGGGAUUUUUGUAUAUAUGUGUGAUGGCUGUUUGUUAUUAGAGGGUCAAAAUGUUGAUAGGAUUGCCUCUGCUGGGCAACUAAAUGAAAAGAUUUGCAAUGGGAAGAAACUGACUGAAAGAUUCUUUGGUGUUGAGAGUUUAAGACUGACGGUGUCACCAUUGGUAUUCCUUCAUCACCAUUGGUGGCCAACUUCUUUAUGGAGGACUUCAAGGAAAAGGAGCUGGAAUCUUAUAGAUUGAAGCCCACAAUAUUUUGAAGGAUAUGUUGUUGCUAUGUCAAAGCACUACAGCCAUAUAAAAGCCCUUGGUGGUCUGAGGUUUCUCAGAUAUUUCAGCAGGGAAGUAGGAAAACAGAGCACACAUGUUUCUUCGGAAAUAUCUCGCAUAAGGAAUGUUGGCAUUUUGGCCCACAUUGAUGCUGGCAAGACAACAACAACAGAGAGAAUGCUUUACUAUUCUGGAACAAUUCACAGUAUGGGUGAAGUUCAUCGUGGCAACACAGUUACAGAUUAUAUGGUCGAGGAAAGAAAUCGAGGUAUCACUAUUACUUCUGCUGCUGUUACCUUUUAUUGGAAUGAACACAAAUUCAACCUGAUUGACACUCCUGGUCAUAUUGACUUUACUAUUGAAGUGGAGCGUACUCUGAAUGUGCUGGAUGGUGCUGUUGUUAUUUUAGAUGGCUCUGCUGGUGUUGAGGCUCAGACACUGACGGUAUGGAGACAGGCAGACCGCUAUGAUAUUCCACGUAUUAUUUUUGUUAAUAAAAUGGAUCGUAGAGAUGCAAGUCUGAACUUAUCUGUGGAAUCUUUAAAAUACAAGCUGGAUUUAAAUCCAUUGCUCAUUCAACUGCCAGUCUAUGAUGAUGAGAAAAAAUUUUCAGGCAUUAUUGAUCUUGUUUCACUAAAUAUUCUAUCAUGGAGUGAAAAAGACCAAGGGAAGACUUACACCCAAACACCAGUUUGUCAGCAACGACAUGGUAAGCUUUGGGAAAGAGCAACUGAAUCAAGAAAUUCACUUAUUGACCAGCUGACCACCUUAGAUGAUGAGUUAGCAGACCUUGUUAUUCAGCAUGACAGUAUGGAGAGCAUUUCAUCAGAGCCACUUUUAAAAUCGCUGAGAAAUGUUUCAUCAUCUCAGAAAGGAGUACCCAUUUUAUGUGGAAGUGCAUACAAAAACAUGGGUGUUCAGCCUCUGAUGAAUGCAGUUAUUAAUUUUCUUCCAUCACCUGAGAAACGAAAUACUCAUUUAGCCAAAGCUUUCCAAGGCAAUUUAUGUGCAAGAGUAUUCAAAAUCAUCCACAAUGAUCAAAAAAAGACAUUAACCUUUGCUCGAAUAUAUUCAGGAAAAAUGUCCAAGAAUCAAAAGAUUUAUAAUAUUCAGCAAAAACUGACAGAGAAUACUGGGAAACUAAUGGUUGUCUAUGCAGAUGAAACUACUGAAGUUAAUGAAGUAACAAAUGGAAAUAUUGCUGCUGUUUCAGGUCUGAAGAAUACAGUAACAGGAGAUUUUCUGACAUCAUCAUAUGCCAUUGCUGAAAGAGCUAGAAAGGCUCUGUCCUUAAGGAAUAAAGCCACUGUGAAUGAAAGCUUUGGAAUAGACACCAUUGUGCCGGACCCCGUCUUUUUUUGCUCAAUAGAGCCUCCAUCACAGGCCUACCAGCAGCAACUUGAAACUGCACUUGUGGAACUGCAAAAAGAAGAUCCCAGCUUAAGGGUUUCAGUCAAUGAAGAAACUGGGCAAACCGUAUUAGCAGGAAUGGGAGAGCUUCAUCUUGAUGUAAUAAAAAAUCGCUUAGUUACCGACUAUAGAAUACCAGUUGAACUUGGUCCUCUACAAAUUGCUUAUAAAGAAACAAUAACAAACAGAAUUCAAGAUUCUCACACAAUACAGCACAAACUUGGAAACAAACUGCAGAAUGUCACACUUACAUUGUCAUUGACUCCUGAUGCCGAGAGAAAAGGAAACAGCCAAGAUUUAUUAAUUUUUGACCGGAGUCCUGAUAGUGCAGCAAAUAUAGAUUCAAUUCCUUCAAAGUAUAUACAGCCACUCAAACAAGGAGCAGUUUCUGGAUUGGCACAUGGACCCAGGUUAAACUGUCCAGUCAUCAAUAUCCAUAUCAUAUUGCACUGGAUUGAAAUUGGAAAAGGGACAUCUGAAACUUUUGUGUCUGCAGCCAUGACUCAGUGCAUCAAAAAGAUGUUGACAGAAUCUGGUACCGUUUUACUUGAACCUGUUAUGAAGGUGGAAGUUGUAACAACAAAUGAAUUUAUGUCAGUAAUUCUAGCUGAUCUUUCACGGCGGAGGCCAUUAAUGCAGGAAAUUGAAGACAGGGGUUUGAACAGAGUGGUGGUUAGCUGUGUACCACUUUCCGAACUGCUUGGCUAUGCAACAGAUCUCAGAACGAUUACUUCUGGGACAGCAACCUUCAGUAUGGAGUUUUUCUCUUAUAAACCAAUGACAAGUGCAGAGGAAGCCAAAGCAAUUGAAAGUGUUACUGGGUUUUCAACAGCUGCUUUUACAUAGGUGACAAACUUGGUGGAGAUACCAUUCAUAUGUCACCACACAGUCACUCAACUCACACCACAGCUGUAGCUCUGGUUUGGCAUGAACAAUCUGUUCAAACAGCCGGGAGCUCUUAACUGUACCAAGUAAGUAUGUAUACCAAUGUGUUUUGCACAUCAAGAAGAACAUCAGCAGUUAUCUCACAAACAGCAGCGUACAUGUCAUGGAACAAGAGCCAGACUAAACUUAUAAUUACCAAAAGUAAACAAACACAAGACAACAUUUUGUACAAGGGAAUAACAUUGUACAAUAAAUUGCCCAAGGACAUAAAAAACAACCAAUUAAAGCAUACCUUUUAAAUAAUUCAUAUUACAAAGUCAAGGAUUAUUUAGAUACAGUAAAAAAUGAACAUUAUUUAACAAUAGACAACUGUCAUUUACAUUAGACUGCUACUUCUUACAAUAAAAUGCUAUGCUCAGGAUCUGUGAUGGACAUUCUAACCUUUUUCCAUUUUUUGUUUACAUUGUCUCAUUCACUGUGGUGAAGUUUUUCUAUUAGAAUAUCAUCUUACAUUAUAUCAUUUUGUAAAUAUCUGUGGAUGACUAAGCAACUAACUAACUAGAAAAUAGCUGGUGUAGCUUGAAUUUUCUCAUUUUGAGAGAACUCAAGAGCAAUCUGUUUAAUUGUUAAAAACCAUUCAACAGCAAAAACUGCAUAAAAUAUUUUUUUUAUUUAAGACAACCAAUUUCAACAAACUUUGCUGUCAUCUUCAGGUCUUAAAAUCUCUUGUCGUAAAACUUGUUCAUUUUAUAUUGACCUCACACACAGGAUGUCAAGGGGGUAAAAAUAGCACAUUAUAAUAGGUUAUUCAUCACUAAAAUAUUUUAAAAAACAUAAAGCAACUUGCGUAACAGGCUACAUCAAUAUACAUAUUGCUCACUGUUGCUCAUUGCAUUAUAUGACCACGGUAGGCAAUAUCACAACUGUUUACAUAUGCUGCACACAUUCUAAAAAGUGUGAAUCCACUUUAAAUGGCAUAUAAGGUACAACUGUACAAUUGGUAAAUGUAGGAUAAGUUAUUUGAACAUGCAAUUUGAACAGUUAUUAGUAUAGUGAUUGCUAUUGUACAUUAC